AUGCAGUCCAAGAUUGCUCUUAUCGGUCUGGCUCUAGCUAACUAUGCCAUUGUCGGACCUUGCAAGCCUAAUCGUUUAACGACUUCCUCCAUCCUCAGCGUGCCCACAGCAUCCAUCCCCACAACUGCUGUCACCGAUAUCUCCACUGACAUCUCGAGCCCGACCCUUGCGCAAUCGACCACCACUCAAGAAUCCCAGCCCAUAAUCACCAACGCCAUCGCGGGAGGUAGUUUCGCCGCAGCCGAUCCCAACAACCCACCCAGCGGCCUCACAGGCUUCAGCGCCUCUGGAGACGCCGUCUUCCACGAAGGAGGCUGUUACAAAGAAGACGGCAGCCGGGACAAUGGCUGCGCUGCCUUGAAAGCCACCGGACACCCCGGUGAAAAGCGAGAUCUUGGCUCUUUCGCUAGCAUCUUCCAGACCCUCAACUCGCUAAGCACUGGAUCUCGCAACAAAUACACAGUGCAGUUCUUCUACAUCGUCGCAUCUGGCGGCAACCAAGCCUGUACUGUCAGUGCCUCCUUGGGCAACAAGCAGUUCUACAGCAACUCCCUCUCCAGCACGGGGUCGGGUAUUUCAUGGAACCGAGUUCUGCAGCAAGUUGAUUCUGAUUCGUCUUCGGCUGCUUUCUCUAUUUCCAUGUCUUGCUCUGGCAGUGGAACGUCCAUGAUCUUUGUGGACUCUGUCUUUAUCUCGAAUCAGGUUACACCUGAGAACAUUGGCGAUUUCAAGCUUGACUUUGGUACUCUGGACCCGGAUCCUGUUAGCACAUCUUUGGUUGGGCCGGUUGUUUCUACUACUGAAGUUCCGACUCUGGCUACAAGCGAUGCCGAUGUUACCAGCGCUGAGGUGUCGAGCCCCGUCAGUACUCCAGUUGACAACACCAAUUUGGAGUCAUCGGCUCAUGUCAGUUCUUCUUCGGCUGAAGACAACAACGCUGGGACAUCGGCUCCGAUCACUGCUACCUCGCCAAUCAAUACCGCUAUUGAGAGCACAACAGCAGAGGGAGAUUCACACAGCACCAUGGCUGAAGAGGCCAGCUCAACAUCCUCUGUGACUUCGCAAGAGGACCCUGAACAAUCCACAUCAGCAGCGGCUGAGCACUCCCAACCUGGCACCGAGCUGCCCGGAUCUCUGACAGCUGAUUCAACUACCCUACCCGACCCUAUCGCCACCACAUCCGAAACCCCGAAAACCGAGUCUCAGACAAUCGAUUCCACGUCCACAAUUGUCUCCCUCUCAGCCACCCAUACCGCCCCAGUCGACGUCGCAAGCACACUCAGUACAACACCCCAGCCUACCGAACCUGCCUGUAAGACAACAUGCGAGAAGAGAAACGACGCUUGGGACCACGACGAGUGGAACUGCGAGGUUUACGGUCUCUACAGCGGUCCUACAUACGGUGUACCUGGCGACGAUGACGACGAGACUCGGCACUAUUUCCAAAACCCAGAGGAGUGUGCUGCCAUCUGCAAGACCACCCCCGGUUGCAAGUCGUCGGGCAUCAUGUUCGCCGCGGCCAAAUGUUUCUUCUCCAAUAACGUCGUCACGCGGUCGGAAGUUCGCGACAUGAUGGAUGAUAGCAUCGAUGUCAAUUGGAGUGGGAUGCAGUGCUUCCGAUGUUCCGAGUGUGAUUUGAGCCCCAGCUCAACCCGCGCUGACAUUCAAACCACUACCAAAGCGCCUGUCAUCAAGCCAACCACCCUCGCUACAACUACAUCCCCACCUCCUGAGACGACAACGCAACCAACAGAAGUCUGCCUCUACAACCGCGGUCAAACAUGCGAGUUCGACAGGUUCAAAGACCACAGCGACACACUCUGUAUCUACGCUGCGUAUUUCACCGGCCAGACCUGGAAAGAGAGUCGUGAAAAAUAUCCUUUCCAGGACACUCUCCAGCAGUGCGCUGCUAUCUGCCAGACCCUCGAGGGCUGUGAAUCAUCUGGAUACUACUCGACCGAGAACAGAUGUCUCUUCACGUCCAAGAAGCUCCAGAGGUCCGACAUGGUCAGCCAUGACGACCGACCUUUCGACCACACAGUCUGGAGUCACAACUCCUGCUUCGCAUGUCCCGACUGCGUGGCCAGUUCUGACCCCGUCACACCAGGCUGGAUGUGUUCCUACGAGCAGGGCGACGUCUGCCAACGCAUUGUCCCCCGCAAGACCGAUGCCUUGUGUAAAUACGAAGGAAUGUUUGAGCCCUACAUCGAAGAAUCUCAUGACCGGUAUCCGGACCAGAGCUCACCCGAGAAAUGCGCGGCUAUUUGUCUCACGCAGGAUUACUGUACAGCAUCGGGAUACAAAGACGGCGGAUGUCUGUUUGCGUUUACGGAGCUCAAGGCGGAGAAGUUUAGGUUGGAUUGGCCGGAUCACUCUAGGGAUGCUGUAUGGGAUGACAGGUCUUGCUUUGAGUGUCCUGGUUGUACAGAGUAG